AACUACAAAGCCAUAUGCCCAUUUAUCUCUCUUUCCAUGCAGCAUUAUCUCCACCGAAAGCCCAACCAAAAAAAAAAAAACACGAACACACAACAAUGGAGUCAAGAUUCUCACUUCUAAUAACAAUGGUGACUCUCUCUCCGUUCCUCGGCCCGGUCUGGCCAGCCGAUCCAACCGUGGCUGCCGGACGAUGGAAGAUUCUGAGCCGAAACAUCGGAAUCUCGGCAAUGCACAUGGCGCUUCUACCGAACGACAAAGUCAUUGUGUUCGACCGGACUGACUCCGGCCCGUCCAACAUAACCGGACCUGUUCAGGGAUGCCAAACCGACCAGGUAUGUUACGCUCACUCGGUUGAGUUUGACCCGGUCAAACGAACGGUCCGACCUUUGACUAUUUUGACCGACACGUGGUGCUCUUCCGGAGCGUUGUCGUCUGACGGCGAGUUGGUUCAGACCGGUGGUUACCGAACCGGAGAGAGAGUUGUGAGGUACUUUAGGCCCUGUCCUGAUUGCGACUGGCAUGAGGAUCCCAACGGUUUGGUUUCUCCGAGAUGGUAUGCCUCAAACCAGGUUUUGCCGGACGGUCGGAUCAUCGUGGUCGGCGGCAGGUUUCAGUUCUCGUACGAGUUCAUACCGAAAUCAGAUACAAAGCUAUACCAACUCCAAUUCUUGAAGGAGACACUCUUCUCGGCCAAGAUACCGAACAAUCUCUACCCUUUUCUUCAUCUUUCUCCUGACGGAAAUCUCUUCAUCUUCGCCGGCGAUCGUGGAAUAUUACUCGAUUACAACAAGGACGUAGUGAUCCGAAACUACCCGGUUAUGCCGGGUGGCAUUUCUCGUAAUUAUCCGAGUACCGGAUCCUCUGUUCUUCUUCCUCUGGUUCUCACUAGAGACAAUGCCGAAAACCCGGUCGCCGAAAUCUUAGUUUGCGGCGGAACCGAGCCGGAGGCGAACCGGAAAGCCGACGGAGGAAUCUUCGUACCGGCGUCGAGGAGCUGUGGCAGGAUGGUGAUUAACUCGGAAUCUCCGCAGUGGGAAAUGGAGGAAAUGCCUGUAGGCAGAGUAAUGGGUGACAUGAUAACGUUACCGAACGGUGACGUUUUGAUCGUGAACGGCGCCGCCAAGGGCUCGGCCGGUUGGGGAGUGGCGCGCGACCCGGUUCUGAACCCUGUUCUCUACCGGUUUAACCAAACCGGCUCCGGUUUAUCGAGGUUCCAGGUGUUGAACCCGUCGGUUAUCCCUCGGCUUUACCACUCGACGGCUCAUUUGUUGUCCGACGGAAGAGUUUUGGUCGGAGGAAGCAACCCUAACGUCAAUUACAAUUUCACGGCGAUGUAUCCGACGGAGCUCAGCCUCGAGGCGUUUUACCCGCCGUAUCUAACGGCUGACGCGCCUAGGCCCGUUAUCACGGCGUUAAACCCGGACGUUAAAUUGGCUUAUAGACAGAGGAUUCGCGUUGAGUUCAAGAUCAAGAGACGUGAACUCGACGCGACGGUGGCUAUAACGGUGGUUGCUCCGUCGUUUACGACACAUUCGUUCGCUAUGAACCAGAGGCUGCUGUUUUUGGCGUGCGGCGGAGCAAAGAGGAAGACUGCUGCGGCGGGGGACAGUUAUUUCGCCGUGGAGUGCGAUGCUCCGGCGACGUCCGCGGUGGCUCCGCCGGGAUAUUAUCAGUUGUUCGUUGUCAGCGGCGGCGUUCCUAGUCGCGCCAAAUGGAUCCACAUCAAAUAGAUUUGGGGGAUAAUUAAGGUGAACUUGUUAAAUUUUAAUAACGAACCUAUUGGGUAUGUAUCAUCAUUGUGUUCAAUUACUGAAUUUAUCAAACUGUAUUUUUCGAUCGCAA